AUGUGUGCUGCACAACAAGGAAUAAUUAAUAUCUUUCGUUAUGGAAAUUCGAUUGCAGACAAAAUCGAUGUGACUUCAUUUAGUAUUUCAUUUAUUAGUAUAUGUUUUAAUCCAAUCUUAUUAUUGUAUGUGUUUGAUAUUAAUCUUGGAACACAAUUUCUUGGUAUAAUGAUUAUGUUACAAAUGACUUGUGAAUGGUUUGCUUCAGUUGUCGCUGCAUUAUAUGUAUUUUGUCCAAUCAUUACAACAGAUCAAAUGUGGUUUAAUUUGAUAUUUUGUCAUAUGUGGAGUAGCACAUUUAUGUACAAUCUAUUUAUAAUGUUCUGUAAAUAUAACGUUAUGUCAAUGUUAAUAGAACGAUGUUUUCAUCUAUUUCACCCAAAUAAAAACAUACUUGAUUAUCCACGUACUGUCUUUGGAUCUUAUUGUUUCGCUGUGAUAUAUAUCACAGCAAUCAAUUUGAGAUUUACUGCCAUGGUACAAAUGGAUUCAAGUGGAGAAUGUAUAGCUGUUGGACAAAAUCCUGUAGAUGAAUUCCAUAGUCGACAAUUAUUAGUAUUUGGUUAUUUAUGUCUAGCAUUAUUAUUGAUACUACCAGCUAUUGUUGUGACAACAUGUUGUAUAUUGAUGAUAUUUUAUUACAUUAGAAAGAAAAAUGCAAAUAAAAAUUUCAAUGGUUUCAGCUCACAUAAUCUACAGCAUAUUUUAACUUUACUUGUAGUUAUUUGGUCACUUGAGUCAACAAUAGCUAGUAUACUAGAUAUGGUUUUAUUUUAUGAUUUCAAAAAUUACGGUUACACUAAAUUAGCACAAAUUCUUCAGAGUACAACCGAAUUAGUACGUAUAAUAUUUUUUGUUAGCCGUACACUUAGCUUGUUUAUUUGUAUUCAAUCAAUUCGUUUAAAAAUUAUUGCACAUGUUAAAUUAAUUGGUAACUCUUUUUUCAAAUUAUUUAAACGAUAA